UCUUCUGCACCUCUGAAGGAGAAACAGGAGAUGGAGAACAUGGGGCUGCUUACAUUAACAUUGGCCGUGUGUUUGGUGCUUUGCGAUGGAGCCCCAGCCAGCGUCACACAGGAGACUGUAUCCACAGAAGACCAAGAAGCAGCAGAGGCCUAUUUGAAGCAUUUCUACUCCGAUUCCAGCACUUCUUCCGUCAGUGGGAGGCGAGUGAGCAUACAAGACUUUGAGACCACUCUGAAGCAAAUGCAGGAAUUUUUUGGGCUGGAAGUGACCGGCAAGCUAGACACAAACACCAUAAAGGUGAUAAAGAAGCCACGCUGUGGAGUUUCUGACGUAGCCGAAUUUGGACAUUUCCCAGGCAAGCCCAAGUGGGAGAAGAAAACCAUCACAUACAGAAUAACUGAGUACACGCCAGAUCUGAGCCAGAGGGACGUGGACGCCGUCAUCACCCAGGCUUUCAAACUCUACAGUGAUGUCAUUCCUUUGGACUUUAAGCAGGUUUACAGCGGCACGGCUGACAUCAUGAUUCUCUUCAAAGCCAGAUAUCAUGGAGACUUUCACCCAUUCGAUGGGCCCAGUGGGGUUCUGGCCCAUGCCAUGUCUCCAGGCCCAGAUGUAGGAGGUGAUACUCACUUUGAUGACGAUGAGCAGUGGACCCUGAGUGCAGCAGGUGUGAACCUGCUUUUGGUGGCCGCUCAUGAGUUUGGCCACGCUCUUGGACUGGAUCACUCGAGAGACCCCUCUGCUCUCAUGUACCCCACUUACCAGUACGUGAAUACAAACGGAUACAGGCUGCCGUUGGAUGACAAGCGUGGAGUCCAGGCUCUAUAUGGUGUUCGUGAAUCUCCAUAUCCUCAGCCCCAACCUGAGCCUAAUCCACAGCCAAAACCAGAACCUGGACCAAAUCCACCAGAGCCGUGCAAGCGGGACUUAGUGUUUGAUGCUGCAACCAGCAUAAGAGGAGAGCUGUAUUUCUUCAAAAAUGAGUAUUACUGGAAGAAAACCAGCAGCAGUAUCCAGCAGAUUAGAAUUAAAUCCACGUGGCCCGCAAUUAAUUCUGUUGAUGCAGCUUAUGAGUUCAAAUCCAAAGGCGUCAGCUACUUUUUCAAAGGUCAGCAGUACUGGGGGGUGAAAGGGCCCGUCUCAUUGCCCGGCUACCCGAAGCCCAUCUCGCAGUUUGGCUUUCCUUCAUCGGUCACUAAGAUUGACGCUGCAGUCUAUGUGAAAUCGACAGGGCGGACUCUGUUCUUUGUCGGCAGUAAUUACUGGAGCUUCAAUGAAAGGACUGGAAAAAUGGACCGUGGUUUCCCUAAACCUAUCCACCACGAUUUCCCUGGCAUUGGCUCCAGAGUGGAUGCUGCUUUCGAAAACUAUGGCUACCUGUACUUUUCUGAUGGCGCCAGACAAACCGAGUAUGAGUACAAAAAAGGAAGGGUGAGGCGUGUUCUUCUGAAUUAUGGAUGGCUGAACUGCUACUAAGCAGAAUUUUCCCAAGGAUAAAAGUGCAAUUUCCAUAUAAACAGUACUGAACUCAAGGACGUGGGAAGGUGUUUUAAGUUGGGGGUGCUGAAAUUGUAAGCACCAUAUACAUGACGUGAAUGAUGAUGUCAUGCAAAGUGAUCUGCCUUUCAGUCCGAUUUUCCUCCCACUGUCACACUGCGUGAUUAAACACUUGAAGGCUCACCCAGUGGGAGAUAGUAGAGUUGAAAAAAGUUUGAAAACAAUAUAUUUAAUGUAAUAAUGGGCUGCUAUGGGGCUCAGAACUGGCCACAAACUCUGUACAGAACCUCUUUGCACCUUAAUCUGCAGGUGUUUUAGCAAUAUGCCCACAAAACAACUGACAAAAUGACCACUGCAGGUUUUAGAAAAUAUAUGAAUACAAUAUAAAUAUGCUUAAAUUGUUAGAAAGUUCAAAACUUUCUAUUGUUUUUUCAAGUAGUGACAGUCCUGAAAUCUGGAGGUGCUGCAGCACCCUCAGCACCCCCACCUCCCACGUCCCUGACUGAACCGAACAGCUGUGCUUUAUCUUGUGUUACUCCUCCUGCCAAUAUGACCAGUAUUAGUGUAAUAACUGUAAUUUGUUUGUUAUUGUUAGUAUUUUUGCAAUGUUAAACCAUCUAAUGUCUAUUUCUCG